AUGGUUCGCGAUGGGGAGGAUAGUAAGAGUGUCAUAAUCGAGGCAAGAGAUGAUGCUCAAUUGGAAACACUUGGCUACAAACCCGUUUUACAUCGAACAUACACUCUCAUGGAAAAUUUUUCAACAUCAUUCGCUGCCUUGUACUUCGUUGGUGGUGUGAGAGUUACUUACACCACCGGAAUCGCCUCUGGGGGUCCCUUAGCUUAUUGGACGAGUUAUCUUGUAACAUGCUUUUUUACCUUCAUUACUGCGGCAGUUAUAGCAGAAGUUUGUUCUGCAUCACCCUCUGCUGGUUCCAUCUAUCUUUGGGCAGCUGAAGCUGGGGGAGCCAAGUAUGGUCGAUUUUUAGGAUUUGUAGUUGCUUGGUGGAGUACCACUGCUUGGAUGACAUUUUGUGCAAGCAACACCCAAGGAGCUGUAAAUUACAUGCUUUCAGAAAUCGUUGUUUUCAAUGUAGAUUUUCCAACGGAUACCAGUGACAUCAAGUUCCGGGCUGUCCAAUGGAUUUGUACUGAAGUCCUUCUUGCACUAGCCGCAAUUGUGAAUUUUCUCCCACCUCGUCUCUUCAAAUACGUCUUUUGGAUCUCGAGCUUCCUGGUAAUGCUUGACUUCCUUCUCAAUAUCAUUUGGUUACCAAUUGGAGCUGCCAGAACCAUCGGUUUCCGCACUGCAGAGGAGGCAUUCAUGACAACCUACAAUGGGACCGGUGCGCCUGCGGGGUGGAAUUGGUGUCUAUCUUAUCUCGCUACUGCAGGUAUCCUUAUUGGAUUCGAUGCUUCUGGACAUGUUGCCGAAGAAACAAAGGAUGCUUCCAUCACAGCCGCCAGAGGUAUCUUCUGGAGUGUGAUUGUAAGUGGAAUCGGAGGAUUUGCCGCCAUCAUUCUGUUUCUUUUCUGCACACCGGAUCCAGAUACAUUAUUCUCUUACGGUUCGCCUCAACCGUUCGUACCUCUUUAUGCCGUUGUUCUAGGAAAAGGUGGUCACAUCUUCAUGAACGUCAUUGCUGUAGUCGCACUUUGGUUCAACACUGCAAUUGCCAUUGUCGCCGCAUCUCGACUUGUUUUUGCGGUAGCUCGUGAUGGUGUUCUUCCAUUCUCGGGGUGGGUAUCACGUGUUUCCGCCGAAGGUCAACCUCGUAAUGCCGUUCUCGUAAUCUGGGGCUGCGCUUCACUUGUGACUUGUACAAUCUUACCAUCUGCAGUCGCAUUCACAUCUCUUAUCUCUGCUGCUGGUGUUCCAUCAGCCGCAGCAUAUGGACUUAUUUCUUUUGGAAGAUUUUUCUUGACACCAAAUUCAUUUCCCAAGCCAAGAUGGAGUUUAGGUAGAUGGAGCAGGCCAUUUCAAUUCAUCUCGAUUUUUUGGAACGGUUGGGUUGUGGCCAUUCUUUUCAGUCCUUAUUCAUUUCCUGUCACUGGAGCUACCUUGAAUUAUGCGCCAAUAAUCAUGGCAGGAGUCACAAUCCUAGCUGUAAUAUCCUGGUGGUUCACACCAGUAGGAGCAUGGCUUCCUCGAGAACGCAUAUCACAUUUUGUAGAAAGUGAAGGAGCACCAGCAGAAGGGCUCCGACAAGAACCGGAUGGACAACUUCAGGUACCCGAGGUAGAAGGGGAUGCAACCCCAGCUACUUAUUCUGAGAAGUGA